UGGUAGCUUACAUUUGUUUACACGUGAACUCCCGGACUACUCUUUAAAGUUGUGCUUUAUAAUUGAUAAUAAAAAACCAGUUGACAUGGACAGUUUUGCAAAUCACGGCUAUGAUGCAGAUGGCUUGGAGGAAUACAAGCAGACCUACUAUCCUCAGGGAGGAGGGGAUGACAUGGAGAAACUUGUGGUACAGCAAGUGAAAGAUUAUGAAGAGAAGAAAGAAGAAGAUAUAUCACAGUCAUCUCAGAGCAAGCACCAAAUUAUAAACACAGCUGCCAUCAGGCAGGGCCAAGGUAAAAAGAGGAAAAUUGGAGAGAGAGACAGUGAUGAUGAAACAAGCAUUCUUAGUCAGGCUCCCAGGGAGAUAAAUAUAAGUGAAUUUACCAAAAGCAGGAUCAGCGAAAUAGAACUAUUGACCAAAACUGUUAUGUCCAAGACCAGUAAAAGAAAUCCAAGACAAAACAUGCCCCGCCACAUGAGAAGACGUGCAGCUAGUCAUAAUAUCAAAAGACUGCCAAGACGCCUGAGAAUGCAAGCUAUGGCAGAGAUUGAAAGUGCUGGAAAGAAGCCUAAAACUCCAUCAAGAUACCACCGCAGAAGACCAAAAAAUCUGAUGGCAGAAUAUAAUCGUAGACAAAGAAAACAGAAUUGGCUUGAGACACACAUCUGGCAUGCAAAAAGGUUUCAUAUGAUUGAAAAAUGGGGUUACGUGAUUCCUCAUUUCCCGAAUGACAAGAGUCUGAGAGCUAUUUAUAGAGCUACAUCAAAGUAUGCAGUGCUUCAGGAUAUAUCUUAUUUGGGGUGUAUUGAGAUAACUGGGCCAUUGAAAGAUAUUCUGCAUGGAUUAGAGAAACUGACAAGUUCGGAAAUAGGGCCUAUUUUUGGUGACAUAAGGUACAUACAGGGGACCAGGCAAGGAUCAACCAUCCUAUACAAGGGAGGCAGCUAUCCAGACAAUGCUAUUGGAGAGGUUUUUUUCCACUGGAAACCUGUCACUUUGAUCACCAGUGAAUUUUCUGGGUCAACCACAGUUUCUGAGCUUUCUGACUGCUCACUGGAUGAUGACACAAGGACUCUGUGGGUGUGGGUACAUCCAUCAUUUUGGGAUGAAGCAUUUGCUGAAUUCAAAGCUGCUUUGAAAUCAGGUCUCUCAGGGAAAGAUGAAUUAUACAGUAAAGAGAUGAAGCAUACUUCUCAGUUACAACAAGAACAUUCGAAGGCUACCAGUUCAGUGAUAGUGAAGUCUUUAAAAGAUAACAUACUCAGGUACAGACUGUCUGGACCUAUGUCAACAUCAGUAUUAGCAGAGGUCUUGAAACCAGCAAAGUUACAGAAAGAAAACCCAGCAGGUGCCCCUGAUGAUGAUUCAACAGUGCGGGGUGUGACUGUGAAGAAAUGGUGGCAGAGGUAUUAUUCUGAUCCCAAGAUCAGUCAGGUUGCCACCCAGCAAGAGGAAAUGUGGAGGAUUUUGUGUGGGAAGCAGACACCAGCACAGGCGCCAUCUGGUGGCAUUCUCAGUCUGACAGUAGGAGACCCUAGGAUACUUAUUCCACCCAAGAAGUCAGUAAUUGAUUGUACUGAUGUAGAGAGCACAGGGUGUAGAGAAAAUACUGUGUCCUUCACACCAGAGGUUUCCAGUUCUCCAGUUUGGUCCCAAAUGGUGAGAGAUGAAGUGAAAUUCACUCAGCUUCCUCAAAGUGAACUGAACAGAAGAAAAGGGAAUAUGUUGGUACCAGGAUCAACUCUUGAUCUGGGAGAUGACGAAUCAAGAAUACCACUUCUUCUAGUUCAGAGUCCAGGCUUUCAAAGGACAGGUCCUGGGCCAGCACAGAGUCAUACUUCCCCUGGGUUUGGCAGUGGAUGGGACCUCAUCCUACCCUCUGGGUGGGGCAUGGCUUUCUGGAUUGCCCUAGUUUACCAGGGGGCUCGAGUUGGUGGGCUAAGGGAGCUGAACAGCAGUGCAGUAGACCAAGGACUCCUUAGGAUUCCUUACGAUUACCCAGAUACCCAGGCAGGAGCUGCUGAAGAACGCAAAGAAUGGGAGGAACUUGAAGCCAAAUACAAGAGGUACCCACCUGCAAAGAGGCCAAACUACAUCAAGUUAGGGGUGGCCAGUCCUUUCAGUUAUCCAUGGUUAAGACUGGUACAAGAGUGGUCUAAUAUAAAGAAACAAGGUGCUCCUUUUAUUGAUCACAAUAUCAUCACACAGGACUCCAGGAAGUUGGACAGGUGUUUAGACCAAAAGACACAUACUAACCAAAUUUCUGCAGAGAUUCUAGAACCAAUGGAUAGUGAGGAAAUUGAAGAAUUUGUUGUCUUAAGGACUCGGAAUCUCUUGAAGUAUCUUGAUAGAAUUUGUCAUGCAGCAAGCAUGGAAACAGAAUCUUCCCCUUCUAAUAUGGAGAUGAGCAAUAGUGACAAAAUUUCAUUAAAUCCACAGACUGACAUCAGUAGCACAGGUGGCAUAGAUGGUCAGGAAAUGCUGCUGACAUUAUCACAGAUGCACAAUGCAAUAGUUCCUGUCACCUUGAAUCUUGUAAGCAGAGGGGCCCCUGCUGACCACUCCAUGAUCUGCAUUCCUACACAAGGCGACUUGGACAGUCUGGCAAAAGACAGUAGAUAUGGUGGACCACUGGAGCAGAGGAAACAAGACCCUAAUAGCAGGAAAGUGAAGAAACAGAAAAUCAAACAAAAAGGAACACAGCAAGGAACAGCAGACAAAGUGAAAGUUCAUAAUUUUCAGGAUACCCUGAUUGAACCCAAGGAUGUGGCAGUGACAUCUAGUCGUGUGGUAAUUGGCUAUUUGAAAACAGGUGGCUUCACGUACACCAGUGGAAGAGGCACAGGCAGAGGAUUCUGUGCUCUACAAGGCAUACUGCAUGCACUGGAGCUGAAUCCUGGAAAAGAUUUCAUAGUACUUGUCAGGUCUCCAGCAUCUUAUCAGUAUAGAUUUGCUUUUAUGAAAAUACUUUGCUGAAACCUUAUGAUGAAAGCAGUGUAAAUCUAGCAAACAGAGUAAAAUAUCGGCAGAAGUCUUCAUUUGUUGUUAAAAUGGAUGACAUAUUACCACCCAAUAAUAACUUUGGUAAAGGGCAGAAGUAUGUUUUUCUUGUAUGAAAACCGAUUAAUAAAAUGUGCUAUGGUUUCCUUUGGAAUAUACUGCUUAGGAGAGAAAAGUGUAUUCCUUUUCUUUUUUUCCUAUUUGGUGACACCUGUAAAAAAAAACUGUAAAAUGUAGGGAUCUGUUUUAACAGUUUUCAGUACAUAUUGUUAUUUAACUUACAUUUCUGGAUAAAGAUUGCAUUGCUGAAAAAUACCACUUUGGGUUGUAUUUUUGUUUUCAAGUACACAAGA